AUGUCAUGCACUGCAGGAGACAUUUCAAGUCAAAGCAUGCCCAACCACACAUGGAGGUUAGUGAAAAAACCCAAGCUACUCAAGAGACAUUACAAAGCCUGUUGCAAAUUUGCUAAUGAGCACAAGGACAUGACUUUUGAGGAUUGGAAGAAUGUGGUAUGGUCUGAUGAGACAAAGAUCAACUUCUUUGGACCAGAUGGUAAGCAGUUCUGUUGGAUUAAGAACACCAGCUUCAACAGCAAGCUUGUCAGGCCAAUGGUCAAGUUCAGCAGCAGCUCCAUCAUGAUCUGGGGCUGUAUGACAUGGGAAGGGGUGGGAGGCAUGUGCUUGGUGCUGGGUACAAUGAAUUCAGACCAAUACAUUGAUAUCUUGAAUGACAAGCUUGUGAAAACAAUCUCAGAUUUGCAGCUUCAGCAUGCAUACACCAACAUCACCUUUCAGCAAGACAAUGACCUGAAACACAUGUCAAAGAAGACAACAAUGUGGUUGGAAAGCAAUAGUAUUAAGUAUAGUACAAUUGCAAAGUCCAGGGAUGAACUGCUCAAGAGAUGUGAAGCUGAAUGGACAGCAAUCACUCCAGAGACAUGUAGGACCCUAAUAGAGAGUAUGCCAAACUGCAUCAAGGCAGUUCUGAAGGCCAAAGGAGGGAAUAUGAAGUACUAA